AUGAAAGGAAACAAUGGACAAGCCGCUAAAAAGCGCAUGCUUCAUCGAUUCAUGAUAGGCGGUGGCGUCUGUCUCAUCUGCAUUGGUGCUUUGGCGUUGGUCAGCACUGGUCUCGUUGCGGGCAAUGGCGGAACCUCUCGGCAACUAUUGAGAAGCGACAACGUUGAAAGGGUCAAGGAAGGUGUCCACAAGCUUCAAGACAAGGCUCGGAAAUUCCGCAACGACCUUCACAAACAACAUCACGAAGACUUCAACGAGGCGGAAAUGAUUGAGAAAAUUUUGGAAGCGGAGAUUCAUUUGGUAUCCCUCGGUCUCAACGAAGAAGAAUUGUCACGUUCGCAUCCAUCUUCUUAUGCUGGAGUUUAUGGACACUUUUGCAAGCUCAACUUUGCAGCGCACAAAAAGGAUCCUGCGGCAGUUCCCAUGUUUCGGGAUUUGGUCAGCCAUUCUCCAGAUUGCGACAUUGAAGAUGUAUUCAAGAUCGACCUCAAGAAGAUCGCCGAAUUAGCUCGUCAUCGGGAUCAAAUUGCGGUCGAGAACGAAGAACCAAUCCCAAAAGUUUUGAAUUUGACGACCGUGGCCUUUCACGAAUCCCGCUGUGGGUCGACCUUGGUGGCCAAUGCCUUGCUGGCAAUGGACCCUGCCAAACACCGAACCUAUAGUGAAUCUCAACCUGGAUCUCAAGCGCUAAAGUCGACCUGUGGCGAUAACUACAAUCGGUGUACGGUCGAUCAGGCCGCUGCCAUUUUGAAGGAUACUGUCUACAUGAUGAGUCGAUCCAACGAUCCACAAGAAGAGCGUGUCUUUUUCAAAUUCCAAUCCAUCACCACCAAGAAUAUUGAAGUCUUCCAAAAGGCCUUUCCUCAAGUCCCCUGGUUGUUUGUGUACAGAGAUCCCGUCCAAGUCAUGAUGAGUCACAUCAAGGACGAUCCCACGUUGAAGUAUGCCAAGUGCGUCCAGACCCAAUCCCAUCAUCCACCCAAGGACAUCAAGCAAAUUGCCAAGAGUCAUGGACGAGACGCCAAGACCAUGGCAAGAGAAGAAUAUUGCGCGGCGCAUUUGGCGGCCAUUAGCGAAGCGGCCGUCCACCGAUUGAACGAUUAUGCCAUUCCGAUGAAUUACGAUGGUCUCAUUCAACACUUGUAUGAAGACGUCUUGCCCCGGAUCUGGGGUCGUGCACUAACGUCUACGGAAACGGCCAAUAUCCAAAAGGUGUCGCAGACCUACUCCAAAGGCCGUGGCAAGCGGCAUGUGGAUUUCAAGGGAGAUUCCGAAGCCAAGGAACAUGCGGCCUCGGAUGCCGUCAAGGAGGCGGCCGCAUUGAUAUUGAAACCAAGUUAUGAUACAUUGGAAAGCUUUCAGCCCAAAUUGAUGGAACGGGAUUUGCCAGUAGCAACCAGCUAA